CGUAGCUUCAUUUUCUAGAUACGCCUUUAAGUAGUGGGAGUCGCAACAGCUUGCUCUUCCAAGACACAGAGCUGCAAUGGGUAUCGAUCUCAAGGCUGGGGGUAAGAGCAAAAAGACCAAACGAACAGCACCCAAAUCCAAUGAUAUCUACCUCAAGCUCCUUGUCAAGCUUUAUCGCUUCCUUGUUCGAAGGACUGGCAGCAAGUUCAAUGCUGUAAUACUCAAGCGCUUGUUUAUGAGCAAGGUUAACAAGCCUCCAAUUUCUUUGUCAAGGCUAAUUAAGUACACGAAGGGCAAGGAAGACAAAAUUACUGUUGUAGUUGGGACUGUAACUGAUGAUAUCAGAGUACAUGAUGUUCCAGCUUUAAAAGUUACUGCCCUCAGGUUUACAGAGAGAGCACGUGCAAGAAUAGAAAAGGCGGGUGGUGAAUGCUUGACUUUUGAUCAGCUUGCCCUGAGGGCUCCUCUUGGACAGAACACGGUCCUUCUUCGAGGCCCAAAGAAUGCUCGGGAAGCUGUGAAACAUUUUGGUCCUGCUCCUGGUGUGCCACACAGCCAUAGCAAGCCUUAUGUACAAUCUAAAGGAAGGAAGUUCGAAAGGGCUAGAGGAAGGAGGAAGAGCAGAGGGUUUAGGGUUUGAGUUUAUAAUGUUGCUCUAUUUUUCUACAAGAAAUUGGACUUUUUGCUUUAUCAUAUGCAAUGUGACAGCUUUUAUGAUAAGGAUUUUCUGGAUGAGAUAUGUUCUGUGUUUGACCUCCUUUUUUUACUUUGAAGUCUA